UGUACGUAUAGACUAUACAUAUUCCCCCGUUCUCUCACAUUCACAUUCUCUUGUAUCUUCUGCACUCCCCCAUCUCCUGCUUGGUCGCUUCCGGCGAGGUCCACUACCGUGCCCACCGUCGUUCAUUGCAAUUGCAAUGGCGGCCAGUUCUUCCAGUUGUGCUCGCGUGCACCAUCUUCUUAGUGUCCUUGCGCUUCUCGCCGCUGCUUUUAGUGUCACCGCCGCCAGCAGCAGCGCCAAUGGCGGCGGGAGCGUCGUCGUCGCCGUCGGGAAGAAGAGUGCGGUGCUUUCGCUGCGUGAGUUGGAGUGGGCUGCAGCCGCAACGAAGAUCCGGGGACGCUACGCGCAACCAAUGCAAGCUCAAAUCCUUGGAGAGCAUAAGAAAGCAGAGUUAACCAGAACAGCGGGCACCGUGUUAAAGCUGAAGCAACAUUUGCCCACCACCAUCCGCAGCCAGCCUGCCGGAACUGAACGUUACCUCACCCGCCUUCUCGCUGCCGACGAGGCGCGUACUGCAUCGUUGCAGCUCCCCAGGGCAGCAUCCACUCAGUCCGGCUCCGGCCAGGCGGUGGCGGAGGUUCCGCUUACUUCCGGCAUCCGCUUCCAGACGCUUAACUACGUCACCACCAUCGCGCUCGGCGGUGAGUCCGCCAGCGCCGUCGCCAACUUCACCGUCAUCGUGGACACCGGCAGCGACCUCACAUGGGUGCAGUGCAAGCCGUGCCGCUCCUGCUACUCGCAGCAGGACCCGCUUUUCGACCCCACCGGCUCCGCCACCUACGCAGCCGUCCCGUGCAACGCCUCCGCCUGCGCCGCCUCCCUCAAGGAUGCCACCGGCGCGCCCGGAACCUGCGCCAGAAGCGGCAGCGGUAGCGAGAGGUGCUACUACGCGCUGGCCUACGGCGACGGGUCGUUCAGCCGCGGCGUGCUUGCCACGGACACGGUCGGCCUCGGGGGUGCCAGCCUCGAGGGCUUCGUGUUCGGCUGCGGCCUCAGCAACCGCGGCCUGUUCGGUGGCACGGCAGGUCUCAUGGGCCUCGGCAGGACCGAGCUCUCCCUCGUUUCCCAGACGUCGUCCCGGUUCGGCGGCGUGUUCUCCUACUGUCUGCCAGCGACAACGUCCGGCGACUCCACAGGAUCUCUCUCCCUCGGACGCGGAGACUCAUCAGCCUACCGUAACACGACGGCCGUGGCAUACACCCGCAUGAUCGCCGACCCCGCGCAGCCGCCGUUCUACUUCAUGAACGUCACCGGCGCGACCGUCGGGGGCGCCGCGGUGACAGCGUCUGGCCUCGGCGCCAGAAACGUACUGAUCGACUCGGGCACGGUGAUCUCGCGCCUGGCGCCUUCUGUGUACCACGCCAUCCGCUCCGAGUUCACGCUCCAGUUUGGCUCCGGGACGCGGUACCCCGCCGCACCGGGGUUCUCGAUCCUCGACACGUGCUACAACCUGACGGGGAUCGACGAGGUGAAGGUGCCGCUGCUGACUCUGCAGCUGGAAGGCGGAGCCGACGUUACCGUGGACCCUGCAGGGAUGCUGUUCAUGGUGAGGAAGGACGGGUCUCAGGUGUGCCUGGCCAUGGCGAGCCUCCCGUACGAAGACCAGAUGCCUAUCAUAGGGAAUUACCAGCAGAAGAACAAGAGGGUGGUGUAUGACACGGUGGGGUCAAGGCUAGGCUUUGCUGAUGAGGAUUGCAGCUACAUUUGAUAGCACAAACUCAGACUGGAUUAACCAAGUGUUUGUAAAAUGUAACCUUAAACAGAGAUGAUGGUGGUUGGUUAAGUUGCUUGCUGAGAA